AAUUGUUGAAAGUUGUAAUACCCAAAUAUGCUUUUCGGCAUGAUAUGGUAUACAAAACUCAAUAACCUUGUUAAUAAUUAAUAACUUUGGCAUCUUUGUUCGAUAUUUCUGUACUGGCUUGAGUUAGUUGGGUAGAGAUCUCUUAACAGACAGUCAAGAUGAGGUCCUGUAUCGCCGUAUUAUUACUUUUGGUGGCUAUUGCUAACGCCAAGUCAAUUCAUGAGGGUGGAAAGAAGAGGAACCCACAAGGUUGUCUUAACGGCUGUCCCGCAAGUUGCGCACCAGCCUGCUUACCAAUCUGCUGUGCUCCACCUCCACCACCACCACCUCCUCCACCACCGCCACCACCUCCGCCACCACCACCACCCCCACCACCGCCACCACCACCACCACCACCACCGCCACCACCGCCACCACCACCACCACCACCACCACCACCUCCACCACCGCCACCACCACCACCACCAGCAGAAAUAUUAUAUGGACCUCCUGGAUUAGAAGGACCACCAGGGGGGCAAGGACCUUAUGGCCCCAGAGGGCAGCCAGGACCACCAGGACCACCUGGACCACCAGGACCAAACGGACCACCAGGACCUCCUGGGUCUCCAGCUUGUCCACCACUCUGUGCGAAGUCUUGUCCUGCCUAUUGCCCAGUAAACUGUUGUCCAGCACCUGGAAAGAAAUCUGCAAAUAAAUCAUUAGCAAGAAGAAGUCCACAAACUUGUGGCCAAGAGUGCCCAGCUACUUGUGCACCAGCUUGUCUACCAAUUUGCUGUGUCCCACCACCUCCACCACCUCCACCACCACCACCUCCACCUCCACCUCCACCACCACCUCCACCACCACCACCACCACCACCACCACCUCCACCACCUCCACCACCGCCGCCACCUCCUCCGCCACCACCUCCACCACCACCUCCACCACCACCACCUCCACCUCCACCUCCACCACCACCUCCACCACCCCCACCACCUCCACCACCUCCACCACCACCACCACCUCCACCACCACCACCACCCCCACCACCUCCACCACCACCACCACCACCAAUUGCUAUCCCAGGAAAUCCAGGACCACCAGGACGUCCAGGACCACCAGGAGGACCAGGACCAGCUGGACCACCAGGACCACCAGGACCCCCAGGACCACCUGGAGCACCUGGACCCGGUGGACCACCUGGAGCACCUGCCCCGCCACCCCCACCAUGUCCUCCACUUUGCCCAGUAACUUGUGUGCCAACGUGCCCACAAUACUGUUGCCCAGCAAGAAAGAAGUAAAUUUACUGAUAAAAAAUAUUGGUGUGGUGUCGUAAAAGAUGCUGUUAAACCAAGAUAAAAAGGAAGAUUGGAGAAGAUUUAUAAUUAACUGACCAUCUGUUUUAUUAACUACUAUGUAGCUUUUUCUUAUCUGCGAUAACGUAGAGCUGUUAAAUGAAAUAUUUUUGGUAGUAAAAGUAAA